CGUGCUGAAACUCCUUUCGGUUUAUCCAAAAAGAUCUCUCAAGCUGCCUAUAGCAUUCGGAAAGAACAGAAACAUCAGCAGUGGAAUGAGCAGGCUGAGGCGGGGAGAUGCCUUACGUGGAUCGGCAGAACCGGAUCUGUGGCUUCCUGGACAUCGAGGAGAAUGAGAACAGCGGCAAGUUCCUCCGACGCUACUUCAUCCUGGACACCAAGGAGGGUAGCCUGGUAUGGUACAUGGACAACCCACAGAACCUGCCCAAAGGAGCUGAACAUGUUGGCUCCCUCAAACUCUCUUACAUCUCAAAGGUGAGUGAUGCCACCAAGCUGCGACCCAAGGCGGAGUUCUGCUUCGUCAUCAAUGCUGGUAUGAGGAAGUUCUACCUCCAGGCCAACGAUCAGCAGGAUCUGGUAGAGUGGGUCAACGUGCUCAACAACGCCACCAAGAUCACAGUGCCAAAGUCGGGAGAUGGCCAGCCCAGUGCAGAGAUGCCUCAGGAGGUGCUGGGUUCCAUGAAGCAGAUCUCCUAUAAGACGGAGAUCAUAGGGGGGGUACCCAUCAUCACUGCCACACAGGAGCAGGGUGACGGGGGGCAGAAUGGAGCAGACAGGGGGGGCCUGCGGAAGGCCCACAGCCAGCUGCCCUACUUCCUGGGGCGGGGGGUGCAGGACCAGGCGCUCAUCAAGGCUGGAUACUGUGUCAAGCAGGGAGCCCUGAUGAAGAACUGGAAGAGGAGAUACUUCUUACUGGAGGAGAACGCGCUCAGCUACUUUAAGUCAGACCUGGAGAGAGAGCCACUGCGUGUGAUCCCACUGAAAGAGGUUCACAAAGUUCAGGAGUGCAAACAGAGUGACUUAAUGCAGAGGGACAAUCUAUUUGAAGUGGUCACUAGCUCAAGGACCUUUUACAUACAGUCGGACAGUCCAGAGGAGAUGCACAGCUGGAUAAAGGCCAUCUCUGGAGCCAUUGUGGCCCAGCGGGGGCCUGGACGCUCAGCUGCCUCUAGAGUCAAAUGUGACAGUGAGAUACUAACAUUCCCCAAGUGAGCUCUACUGUACAUCCACUGUCUACUGUACCACCACUCUGUGCUGCCAUCCUCCUUUUUCAACUACAUCUUCUGCCUCAGUCUGUCGCUGCUUCCCUCCAGCUUCCUCCACUACUCCUCUUUGCUCCUGCACCACUAUAGAUACUACCACUGCUUCAACUACUGCUGAUGCUGUCCUACCUCCCUUUGCCACCCUGUGCCACUGCCCCUGCUACAGCACUGUGACUGACCUGACUGACUCCCCUGCAUCCAGUGCUUCUGAAUCUGAAUGACUUUGUCCCCCUCCCAACCUCCGUUCCCUCCCCAACACUCUGCAGGAGCACAGCGACCACACCCCCUCCGCCUUCUACUGUAGCAGCAAUCAGGCGGGACCCCCCGUCCCUCGCUCGCCCAUCCAGGCAGAGCUCCCUUACCACCAGCCCCAGGGGGGCCCGGGCCCUGACCUGGGACAGCCAGGACUUCUUGGGCCUGCUGCCCUGGCGCGGCCACCAGGGGGCACCACCACCGCACCGCUCCCGCCUCUCUCUCCAGGAGACCCCUCGUCUGUCCAAGUGAGCGCCUCAUCCCGUUACCCCACCGCCGCCCACCAGGAGGAUCUGUCGCCAUGGAGACGUCGCAGCAAGGUAGAGGGUGACCAACCGGAACUCUCCUCCCUCAGCUUCGAGGACUCAGACCUGCAUGUCAGCCAGGUGUGAGCCUCUAACCCUGACCCCUCCUGUCAGGAUUCACACUGACAGAAAGGGGACUGGACAUAGUGGACAGUCAUCAACAACAACAAGAGGAAAGCCAAUCAAACGUGACCAAUCUGAGCCAACCUGGUCCCUCAGGAAGACAGGAAGUGGUCCCUGGCUGUGACCGUUGAUCGUCUACUCUCCCCUGUAUCCAGACCCUCUCUUAACACAAAUGGCGUGACGUUUCAGGGCAAGGAGAUGUCGUCAGAUGUUCUAUUUCAGUCUCUUUCGUUGUUGAUAUUUCUGUUGGGUGUUGCUCUUUCUCUCUUUUUGUUGGUAUUGUAUGAUUCCUGAACAUCCUCCCCUCUCCAUUGGCUCAAGAGGUUACAAGAGGUGGACUGGGUUGGCUACUCUGCUGAGAAACUCACUAAGCAUUUUUGUCAUUAUUUCCCACUCCACUUCCUCCUCCCAGACGUCACUUGAUUUACAGUUAUCAGGGUUGUUGGGACUAAUAUAUAAAAAGGGGGCUAGAUGUUAUUUGUGUUCAUAGUUAUGUAAAUUAAAAAGUUGUAACUGUUGUCAAUGAGACAACCCCACUCACACACAAAAACAUACACGUGUGGUGUAGAUUUGUGUGUACUUUUAACAUGACCGUUUAGUUUCUAUCCAAAGCAUGCCGUUGUUGAAGCGCAUCAUUAAAUAUGGAACCACAUCCUAAAGAUAACUUGGCGGAUGAACUUCCCUGCAGCUUUCUUAUUUCCAGCUAAGUUUUUAGAAAGAAAGUGGGUGUUAUGUGUUAUAUUUCUGUUUUUAUUCAUCAUUCAAAUAGAUACGCUUGGAGUCCUUCUGUUCAUAUGAAAGUUACACCUGCUGUGUUUUAGACUCUCGCGCUCUCUCUGUCACACCUCUUUUUUGCCAAAUGAAGUGCUGCACCGUAUUGUAUGUGCCUGCCAAUGUUAGCAUGCAUUUGAAUAGAGACUUCUCCCUCAGGAGGACAUAAACAGGACAUGUAUGUGUACAACACAUCGAUAGGCCUCUUGGCAGGGCCUCUCAAAUGGCACUUUGUGGACACUCUUGUGGGCAGAUAAGCUGCUCACUGCCCUUGAUCUGUUUUAUGGGUGUUCCUUUGUGGUCCUCUUUUCUACUGUGCAACUAUUUUACAACUUUUCCAUAUGCUGUGACAGUUUGUGUGUCCGUGGGGAGGCAUUCUGUGCCUCCCAGCUGUACUGUUCCUGUAACUUGUUACUGUGUUGCACACCUCUACUGUAUAGCUGGUAAAGUGCCUGCAUUCUCUUUAUAGAGAGAACGGGGGAAAAAAACAAGAUAUUUUGACCCUUUUAAUUGUGUACCUGAUGUUCUGAAUCAUGUGCAUUAUUUAUUAAGUGGAGUUUGAAAAUAAAUCAAUGGAUUCAA